UCCUUCCUUGUUAUCAUAUGACGGUGCGUCACGCGUUUGGAGCUACUUCCUGCUGUUGGCAGCAAACAGCGAAUAUUGUGUUGAGUGCUGCUGAAUAGCUGUCAAGAGCUCAACGAAGUUAAGCUUUAAGUAAACUGUCGUGGAAAGUACAUUCUUACAUCUCUAAUUACGAUUAAGGGUGCCCAAAAUGUCUUUGUAUCCAUCACUUGAGGAUAUGAAAGUCGAUCAGAUGGCAAGGGCCCAGUAUCAAGCCGUAACAGAAUACGCUCCACCGCCACCAGCUACCACUAUGCCCUUGCCAUACAGUGUGUCCCCAUCUGCACCUGCUUCUUUCGGCACCACACUGUAUCCAACAUUAAAUGAAUUCAUGGGAUUGGAAUUGUCACAAGAAGUAAUUGCACAAAAUAUGCCUGAAUAUGCUGUUGCUGUACCUCCACCGAGAGAAGUAGCUGUUCCAUCUGCAACAGGAGGUCCUCUUUCUGGUAUGAUUGCGCCACUAUCAGGUCAGUCGUUGGGUUUAAAAAGAGCACAGGUCACCCAUGGAGUUAGGGAGCUUACAUUGUGCAAGGAUUCAGCAGGAAAAGUGGGAGUCCGUGUUAAGGCAAUUGAUAAAGGAGUUUUUGUGUGCCUAGUAACGAAAGGCUCUCCUGCAGCACUUGCUGGACUUAGAUUUGGUGAUCAGAUUUUGCAGAUAAAUGGUACAAUUGUUGCAGGAUUUUCAAUGGAUCAAGUCCAUGAUCUGUUCCGCAAAAGCCCAGUUAAUGGCAUAUCUGUUGUUGUAAGAGAUAGGCCAUUUGAGCGAACAGUUACUUUGCACAAGGACAGUGUUGGUCGAAUUGGAUUUCAGUUUAAAAAUGGAAAGAUCAUCGCCAUUGUGAAAGAUUCAUCUGCUGCACGCAAUGGACUGCUUAUAGAACAUUAUCUACUGGAAGUCAAUGGACAGAACGUUGUUGGGCUAAAAGAUAAAGAAAUAACUAACUUAAUUGAAGAAGGUGGCCAAGUUGUUACUGUUACAAUAAUGCCAGCCUUUGUAUAUGAGCACAUGGUGAAGAAGAUGUCAACAAGUUUGCUGAAGGGCACAAUGGACCAUUCAAUUCCAGAUGUCUAAAUACAGGUGACUGUUUUAUAUUGUAUCUUUUGCCAUUACCUCUGUAAUAUUGUGAAAUUCCUUUAAUGUAUUUUUGUGUAAUAUAUCAGUGAUAUCUCUGCAUUAAUGGGAACUUGUGUUAUUGCAUGAAAAUAUAUGUAUGCCAAGUUAGUUAUCUGAUUAAAAUACAUUUGUCCUCAUUUGAACUGUUACAUAUCCUUACAUGGAUAGCUAUUUUUGCUUUGGCAGUGUGUGUUGUCUUUUGUGUUGUUUAUAAUGUUUGCUUGUAUGAUGCAGUUUAUAACAUGUUGAAAGGAAUUUGACUAAGUGUUAAAAGUUUAUAAAGGAGUCGUUGAAAUAUUCAACAUAAUAUAUAAACUUGUUCUUAAAUAGACAUCCAAAUAUAUUUGAAGCGAUUGAAGAGAUUCACACUUGUAUUCUUAUUGUAGCAUUCAGUCUGUGAUGGAAUGUGCCCAAAUUAAAAAGCUCUCUUUUAUGCAUUUUCGUAUACAAAAUAAUUUUAAAUUUACUUUGUUUCAGAUAAGCUUUAUUUAUAAAUGUAUAACUCUUGCCAGUUCUGUUCUGCUUUCAUUUUUCGAGAAUAUUGUCUAAUAACUUAAUCAAAAUUUGAAGAGUCUUGUUGAGUUUUUUCCAAUGAUUUCUACUGAAAUAUAAUUUUUUAAAAAGAUGAUCUGUACAGGCUAAUUGCUACAGUAAAUUUUAGUCUGUGGGAAGUAUUGGUAAUGUUAACCACAUAGUUUAUGAAAGGCCUGAGCAGAUAAGUGAAAUUGGUAAAGAAGGUAACAAUACAAUCGGGUUGCAGUGUAGAUGUUUACAUAAUAUAUUGUUCCAGUAAGUGGGCAUUGUUAUAGUAUAUUAAAGACUGAAUGUCACUGAUCUGGCUUUAGUUAAUUUCAGUGCAGAACACAGUAUUUCUCUGCAGUCAUUGCAUUUAUAAUGGCCUUUUUUUUUAAUUUAUAUAUAUUUUUUCCUGUUAGACAUUCCAUGGUCAUGAUGACAUGGAACAUUAUUGUGUCAUAAAUAGCCAAUUUUAAGUGCUGACUAUGUGCCAUUCUGACAAUUUAAUCAAAGAUUCAUCUUUACAGGGUACUCGUUAGUUUGCUUAGAUAUGACAUCUGAAAAUUUUGCCUUGUUCCAGUGGUAUCAUUAAAUAAAUCCUUCUGUUACUUUUUUAAAAUUUAAUUCGCAAAAAAUUACAUGAAAUGAAUGUACUUACUACAUUAUUUUGUAAUACUAUACUUUUAUGUGAUUGUUAUGCAUUUUGAUGCCAUAUUGUAGCUGUAUUUGGAAGCACAUGUGUCUUUUGUAUUGUGUACU